CAGCGGGUGACAGCUCGGAAGCUGCCGUUAAACUGGCGCGCGUGCUGUUGGGAUAGAAACGCAAACCGGCGAAAUGUCUUCGUGAGAGGAUAACACCGCGCAUGGGGAACGACAGCUAAUUAUUUAUUUAUGGCGGUGCAGUGAGCUUCACAGCGCAGCGGCCAGCGAGUUCCUUCACCACCCGCUUCCACUAGCCGGCAGCUAGGAUCAGCCUGUACCCGCGCAGGAUCAGGGCAAUAUGGAGGGUUCAGGGGAGUCAAGCUGCAUCCUAAAGCCAGAGACGGCAUGCUCAUCUUGUGGCAGGAGGGAGCCUCCAAGUUUGGGAAAAGCUUUCCGUAAUAAACCAAAAGCCAGGAGCAUGUCCACCUCGUCUGUGCCUAGCUCUGCAGAGUUCAGGCGGACCCAGUCACUUCAUGGACCAAGUCCAGUGACCACAUUUGGGCCCAAAGCUUGCAUGAUGAAGAACCCAAAAGCAGUGAUGCAUAUUCAGGACCCGGCGAGUCAGAGGUUGACCUGGAACAAGCCACCCCAAAGUGUCCUUGUAAUUAAAAAGAUUCAGGAUGUCAGCCUUCUGCAGCCUUUUAAAGAGCUCUGCAUCUUCCUGACAGAGCAGAAAAAAAUGAUCGUUUACGUUGAGAGGAAAGUUCUGGAGGACCCAGCCAUCGCUAACGAUGAGAGCUUCGUGGCCGUGAAAAAGAGUUUUUGCACUUUUAGCGAAGAUUAUGAUGACAUCUCCAAUCGGGUAGACUUUAUCAUAUGUUUGGGAGGAGAUGGAACUUUGCUGUACGCCUCGUCCCUCUUCCAGGAGAGCGUACCCCCAGUUAUGCCCUUUCAUUUGGGCUCUCUGGGCUUUCUGACACCGUUUAACUUCGACACCUACCAAUCUCAGGUUACACAGGUUAUUGAAGGUAACGCGGCCAUAAUCCUGCGGAGCCGGCUAAAGGUAAAGGUGACGAAAGAUCCCAGACCAAAGGAGAAAAACGCCAUCAUUGCAAACGGCGAUGCCGAGUCUGGCCGCAGAACUAUGCAAUAUCAAGUGCUGAAUGAGGUCGUUGUGGACCGAGGUCCCUCCUCCUACCUCUCUAAUGUCGAUCUUUUCCUGGAUGGUCACCUGAUCACUACCGUACAAGGCGAUGGAGUGAUCGUGUCCACUCCGACAGGCAGCACUGCGUACGCCGUGGCAGCGGGAGCCUCCAUGAUCCACCCCAACGUCCCAGCCAUCAUGAUCACCCCCAUCUGCCCUCACUCGCUGUCCUUCAGACCCAUAGUCGUGCCUGCGGGUGUCGAGCUCAAGAUCAUGCUGUCACGCGAGGCCAGAAACAAUGCAUGGGUUUCCUUUGAUGGGAGGAAACGACAGGAGAUUGGACAUGGAGACAGCAUCACCAUCACCACUUCGUGUUUUCCCGUCCCAUCCAUCUGUUUCCGGGACCCGGUGAACGACUGGUUUGAGAGUCUGGCUCAGUGUUUGCACUGGAACGUACGCAAGAAGCAAAGCCAUCUGUGCUUAGAGGAAGAGGAGUUUUGAAUAUUUGCUCGGAAACACUUUGUUUUUGUUUCUUCUUUUUACGCCUCUCUGGGAUAUGUCAUCCCACUAUUGACCACAGACUUUUGUGAAAGCUGCUGCUUCUUGGUCAAUUUUGUUUGUUUGUAACUUUUUUUAACAAGAUUUCCGAUUUGUACAUGGUGUAUGACAUUACAGUCAUAAGCUGCCAGGAAUAUUACAAAGUAGUUUCAUGACAACACAAUAUGAGGAGUUGAAACAUCAGGUAUCGUUAGUUUGUGCAUGAGGAGCAUUUAAGCAUCAGAGCAAUAACUGGAUAUUAAUCAAGUCGUGCCUUAAAUUACAUAGAAUGUUAGAAAUCCUUAAGGGGGCAUGUAACAAUGUCUUAUAUUUGUGUAUCAUAGUUCUAGAUAUUCUGUCAGAUCAGAAGGACCUGUUUGUGCAUGGCACUGCACAAAAAGCUAGUAUAUUUAUAUAUAAUAUAUAUAUUUUUUUCUUAGAAAACUACGAUUCAAUUUUAAGUCUUACAGGUAAACAACCACCAUAAAGUAUUUAAUUCCUAAAACCACAGUUCAUCAUUCCAAGUCUUUUAGGACCUCUGUGUUUUUCAGAUUUAAAGUUUUGAGCAAUAUUUUAUUAAGGAAUUAGAGUUAUUAGUUAAAGAUUCUCCACUCCAUCACAUUUUGGAAUUUAUUAUUAUGUACAUCAAGUGUUGAAGGAAGUAUAUGAAGGCAGCGUGCAGUUUCAAGUGUCCUUCCUAUUGAACUUAAGCUUUAUGUCUUAAAAUAUUUAACAGGCUUCUCUACCACAUAAAGACUCCUCAGCAGGACCUGGUGUGUGUUAUUACAUCGUGCUUUAAGCUGUCACAUGCACUCAGUCUCGUUUAUUGCUAUAUUAAGGCUAUCAUAGGUCAAUUUAGCCUCGUGUGCCCUGUUAAAGGAAAAGAAAAUGAAAAAAAAAAUCUGUUUACAUUGCAUCUCCCUCUUAAACAAGACUGAUGUUUUAAUUUAAAUUUAAUCGUUUUUCAAAUAAUAUAAGGAGAUAGUUGUCAUUAAUAAUGUCCUGUUAAAUAUAUUAAUUUAGGUAAGUAAUGUUAUUAUCCAGGUUUAUGUUAUGUAGCGUCCACCCCUUAUGUCUAUAUUAUAUUUCAUGAUUUUUUUUGUUGUUUGUUUGUUUUACUUUUCGGACCUUCUCGAACUAAUGUAUAACCAUGAGACGUGGCUACUACUUUCUGAAACCAAAAUGACCAAUCUUAAUUACUCACUGAUGUAAUUAUGUAGUUAAUCAUUUCUGAAUAACUAGAUAAGAUGCUCAGGAGAGGAUGAAUUUGUGUGCUGUGAAGAUUUCUUGGUGCAAAGCUGAGCUUACAGUGUAACAAGACGUCUUUCAAAUCUGCUUUAGACAUACUGUAACUUGUUAAAACAGAAUCAUUGUGUUUUUGUUCGAAUUGUCCGAUUUUUUUUUUUUUUUUUUUUGCACAAUUUUUUUUCUUUGUAAUGUAUCUUUUCAGAAUAUAUUCUAAAUGGGUCUUGAAUUUUUUACAUGGCACUUUAAUAAAUGAUCCACAGCUGAUCAAAAGAUCAGGAAGAUUAAA